AGAAAAGCAAAGCACGUGGUGGGAAGAGAAGGGUAUGGGAAAGGGUAAAAUAAUGAGACAACUUUCACUGUAUCAUCUUUCUCUCUCAAACUGUGGCUUGGCUGUGGCUGUGGCUGUGGCUGUGGCUGUGCCUCUUAGGCUCACCCACAUUAAUCAAUCUGGUCUUCUUUCCUUUUGGUUUAUGCCACUUUCUUUGCCUUUCCCACUUCCAUUAUUAUUCAUCUAGCACAAACCUUUGAGAGAUACACAGAGAAAGAGAGAGCGAGAGGCGGCCAAACGAGGAUUAUAACCCUUGUUUCAGGUCCCUCUCAUUCUUCUUCUUUUUCUUCCUAUCUCUCUGUCUCUUUACUCAUCUGGGUUUGCCUUUUUAUGCUUUCUCCUUCAUCCUGCUGCCUCAUUUCGAUGCCCCAUUUUGGAUCUUCUUGAAUCCAAAGCAUGGUUUCCUGUUUUGUUGAUCUUUGAUAGCUGACUUGACUGUUAAUGCUGGCCACUUUGGAGUGCCCUUUUCUUCGUUGGUUAAUUUAAUUGUCAUUCAGAUCUGAAUUUAAUUUUACCAAUUUUUCUUUUCCUCCUUCAAUCGAUAACUCUUACUUUCCAAUUCCAGAAUUGAAAGUAAUUUGUACACGAGUUGAUUUGAAAGUAAACAAUUCUAUUAUCGGUUUGAUUUUGAAAAUCUCGAGACACAAUGUGCUUUCAUUGAUAGUUUUAAAAAAAUAUGAGAAUCCUAGCUUUUAGGACUGCUUUUAAUUAAAGGUUUGAUGCUUAAUGUUCUGUUGGAGAACUUAGCUGGCUCUUAAUAAAUGUACUGCAACUUUAUUUUCUAUUUCCAAUAUAUAAUUCUUGAAUUAAAAGUUCUAGACUCAUAAGUUGUUUCUGUUCAGAUCUAUUUAGGUUUUGGAUACUAAUAUGAAAACCCUUAAUUGUUCAAGUUAUUAGCCUUCUAUAUGUAAUGGGAGAAGAGAACUAGCAUAUCUUCUCAAUAUGGUAAAGGAUUAAAAAUACUACGUGAAUGAGGAUGGCAUGAUGACGGAGGGGCUACCUGGCUUUACUUUUUUUCGUUUUCUUCUUUUUUAAUUACUCUUUGUAUCAUAAUUAUUUUCUUAAAUUGGGAGUAGUGAUAAGAUUACUUGUACAGAUUGAGCUGAAGUGUUAAUGUAAUCAUUAAGUACGAGUCUGCGAUUAUCUGAAAAACAGCUUUUGUCUUUUUUCAAAAUCAGGCUAACAUCAUCAUUUAAAUGUUAUUCUAAGGAAUAAAAAGAAUGUUUUUAAACUAACUUCCAAUCAUUAGUGUAAUUCGCUACAAAUUUGCUGCAAAAAUGGAUUCUCAACUUUUCUUUUGAUUUAUAUAUCAGACAGUUCCAAUCAGCUCCUGUCCUGCUAGCUUGUUUAAGUUUAGUGACCCUUUGCUGCACUUCUUUAAUCUAUUGACUACUCAAAUAGACCUCAUAUUCUGCAGACUAAAUGAACUUAUAAGUUUUUGGGUUCACAUUCUUAUUGAGUAAGGCCGAUAAUAAUCAUAUGAAGUAGAAUUUUGCAUAGCUUUUACUCUCCUAAAGCUUAGGUUUGAACCCAUAUGGUCAUUACUGAACCACAUGCAUCUGUUGGACUGAGCUAUAUCUUAUAAGUUGGCACAAUUCAGGCAUAAGAUUCGUGUAUGGUAUAGGAGUAAUUUGGAUUGGAGAGUUCUUUAUCAUCACUUGAAUGAUGGGUAAAACUUUGAUCGGGAAAAUUGAUUAGAAAGUUAUUUAUUCUGAGGAUAAUAGCAUGAAUCUGUCUUGUCUUUGUACUUUCCCCAUAUUGGUGAUUUAUUCUGCUUGUCCCUGUAACAGAUUGGAGAGGGGCAUCAACCGAAGUCUGAUUUUUUUCUUUGUCAACAAAAUGAAACUGAAGCUUGGAUCCAAGAAAUGGAAAUCAACUGCCCCUCGUUUGAAAGGAAAAUCACCAUCUCUCUCUUUUUGUCUAUUUUCCAAAUCUAAGUCGGUUAACUAUGGUCCAGGCACAACGCCAGUUUAUCUAAACGUGUAUGAUUUAACCCCUGUGAAUGGUUAUGUCUAUUGGGCAGGCCUUGGUAUCUUUCACUCUGGUGUAGAAGUCCAUGGUGUAGAAUAUGCAUUUGGAGCACAUGACUAUCCAACCAGUGGCGUUUUUGAAGUCGAGCCUCGACAAUGCCCGGGCUUCAAGUUCAGGAGGUCAAUAUUAAUUGGCACAACCUGCCUCGAUCCUCAUGAAGUCAGAGAGUUCAUUGAGCAACGCUCUUCAAACUAUUAUGGGGAUACAUAUCACUUAAUUGUCAAGAACUGCAAUCAUUUCUGCAGGGACGUCUGUCAUCAGUUGACUGGAAAAUCAAUUCCAAAAUGGGUAAAUCGACUGGCUAAAAUAGGUUCCAUCUGUAAUUGCAUACUUCCCGAGUCCCUUAGAAUAUCUGCGGUAAGACACGAUCCCACAUACCUGCCGUACGAGACCGAGAAGACGAAGCUGAGGAGUGUGUUCAGUAGCUUGUCUUCUAUAUCGUCGCGGCAGAAGCAGCUGUCUUCAAAUUCAUUAUUUCUACAGUCACCAUCGAAAGGGUGGGAGUUGAAAAAAUCCAACAGUGAACCCUCAUGCCUUAAAGCAUAGGUGAGAAAAUUUGUUUGUUCUAGAUAUCUUUUAUUGGAAAGAGAAGGGAAUUCAUCCUUUUUCUAAUUUCACAUAAUUUGUUUGGGAGUUGCUUGCUGUGAGUAGAUGCAAGCAAUUUCUCUGUUAGAUGACAAACCCACUAGCCUUCCCAGUGUAAAUGUAAUGUCUAUUUCUGGAUCGUAUUAAUCAAUGGUCCGUUACCA